AUGAAGGUUGGGGACCUCAGGCGAGGUAUCAUGUGGCUGGUCACCCCACGUGAUCACAUUAAAAUGAGACAUUAUAUGGACAGGCGGGUUACCCCACCUAAGCGGGUUACCUCACAUAUCUGGGGUCCCCCAACUCCAGGUAAACAGGCCCUUUCAAUAGAGAAGUACUUAUCGCAAGCCAAACUCACCCUACCGCGGACAUCUUCCCAAGGUGGAGACGACUAUUUGUUUGGAAAUAUUCAAACCAAGUAUAGCCCUCAGUCCAUCUGCCCAGGCUCCAAAUUGUCGUAUUCAAGAUGUAAAGAAGUUUUAUUGAAGAAGAUUGCAGACGUAGGCUUAGAUCCUAAGUCUUUCUCUUGGCACAGCUUUAGAAGUGGCCAGGUGCAUCUGCCGCCGCUAAUGGUGGUAUCUCCGAUAGAACGUUUAGGCGCCAUAGUAGAUGGCGUUCGGAAAACGCUAAGGAUGGCUACGUUGAAGACUCGUUAG